CCACUUCCGGUAAGAAACCGCUAUCUGUCAGAAAAACAUCCCGAGCUCGGAUCCGCUACCCGGGCUCACUCUCACCGACACCGCCGCUGCUUGGUUGUCGUUGUUUUUUGGGCUUUUUUUUAAGCCUCACCAGACACACAGAGAAAACAUGCCCGGAGGGAGGUGAUCGUCCCGGGGCCUGCCGCUGCUUCCUCAGCCGGCUGAAGGACGGAGCAAGACGCACAGAUGGAGAGGCCGAGCAGGCAGCUGCUUCUGUCCGAGCUCCGCAUCAGAAACACCGCGUAUGAUGUGAGCCUGAGCCGGUCCCUGCUCACCUGGAAGAGACGGGUUUCCAGCCCGGUGUACCACCCGUUUAGACCCAGUGUGUGCCACAGUGUGUCGGUGUCAGAGAUCAUCUCUGUCCGAGAGGAAGAGGAAGAGAGCAGCAGCAGACAAAGAGACGAUGGCAGCUGGAAAAAGAUCAAAGAGAGAGAAGGGAAGGACUGCAGGCAGGCCUUCACAGUGUUGUACGUGGAGAGGUCUCGGCAGCACCGCUGGCGGUGUGCUGAGGUUACCUUCAUGUGUCCAGAUGAGGCACUGUGUCAACGCUGGGUCAGCAGCAUUAGAGAGCAGCUUAACGCUAUCGCCAGCAGACCAAAACGCCUGCUGGUCUACAUCAAUCCGUACGGCGGGAAGCGUCAGGGCAAACACAUCUACGAGCAGAAGGUCGCCCCGCUGUUUGCCCAGGCAGGCAUCUCCACACACGUCAUCGUGACGGAGUACGCCAACUAUGCAAGAGAUCACCUGAAGACGGAGGCGGAGCUGAAGACAUUUGAUGGGGUGGUGUGUGUUGGAGGGGACGGCAUGUUCAGUGAGAUCAUCCACGGGCUGAUCUGGAGGACGCAGAUCGACGGCGGUGUGGAUCCAAACUGUCCAGAGGAAAGUCUGCUGCCCUGCUCACUUCGCAUUGGAAUCAUUCCUGCAGGUUCAACAGACUGUAUCUGCUUCGCCACUGUGGGCACCAACGACCCCGUGACCUCUGCACUGCACAUCAUUGUUGGAGACUCUCAGCCGAUGGACGUGUGUUCGGUUCACCACAACAACACGUUCCUGCGAUACUCCGUCUCCCUGCUGGGAUACGGUUUCUAUGGAGACGUUUUAACUGACAGUGAGAGGAAAAGAUGGAUGGGGCCAGCGAGAUACGACCUCUCAGGUGUGAAGAUGUUCCUGACUCAUCAUUACUAUGAAGGAACGGUGUCCUACCUGCCAGCCAGAGGCAUCGUAGGAACACCGCGGGAUGCCGCCAGGUGUCGAUCUGGCUGUGUGGUUUGUCAGCACAACGGGCAGCUGCUUUCAGAAAAAGCUGAGAGGUACAAGGUGGAUGAAGCAUCAGACAACGAGAGUGACGGCGAGUGGAGGACAAUCCGAGGGAAGUUCCUGGCUAUUAAUGCUGCCAGUAUGAGCUGUGCUUGUCCUCGCAGCCCCAAAGGCCUCUCACCUGCUGCUCACCUGGCUGAUGGCACCACUGACCUCAUCCUGGUCCGAAAAUGUUCCCGCUUCAACUUUCUCAGACACCUCCUCCGACACACCAGCAAAGAUGACCAGUUUGAUCUGACAUUCGUUGAGGUCCACCGGGUGCGACGUUUCCGCUUCACACCACGUCACUGCCAGAGCGACUCAGACCUGGAGCUGGAUCUGCAAGAACAUGGUAAACGCCAAAUCUUCAGCCAGAUCUGCCGAGACCAUCCGGCUUGCAGCUGUGCCCCCGCCUACAGCAGCUGGAACUGCGAUGGCGAGAUCCUGACCCACACGGCCAUCGACGUCAGAGUGCACUGCCAGUUGAUCAAGCUGUUUGCACGAGGGAUCGAGGAACCAACAGUGUUUGAGGAUCUCACUAACCCCUGUGCAAUAUAGACCCACUCCCCUAUUAUUCCUCGUCACACACUGGACUCGUCACUCCAGCCUCUGCCUACGUCACUGCUGCUGCCGCCAUCGUGUGACGCUCAUCACAUCCUUCACUAAGAGACUCGAUAGGAUUUACUUUUAUGUUACAAAGGUCAAAACUUCUUUCUGGGUCUGAAACUUCAAAAUGACAGACAGAAAUUGAUGUGUAGUUUCCUUAAAACAAUCCUGCAACAGCUUUAAAUCUAUUUCCUGGAAACUAGCAGCAGUUUUAAGGAAAUAAUCAGGAAAUUAUUGACCUGGAGAGUAAAGCUUCACCCUUUGAUUUGUUCUGGGUGACGCUGUUGUUGUUUUGAUGAACAUUUGAAUGGUUGCCUGGUGUCUGGCACCUGAUUUAUUUUUAGUAUGAUCAUCAGAUCAAGACUUGAUAAUCUUGUUACCUUUAGGAUUACUUAAGUUACCUGUUACAGUCACAAAAUGUGAAAACAGAAAAAAGGUGCUGCUUCAGGUGGAAAACAUCAAAGCAACAUGGACUGAUUGUCACUGCGUAUAGAGUAACUGACUUGUCUUGGUUUGGCAGGUACCUAGAGUGAGAUUUGUUCAGGUAUUCUGAAGUGGACUUGGACUUGUCUUAGUCUUGUAGGUGCCUGCAUUUGGAUUUGUCUUGUGGCCCCUCUGACUGACUUGUUGAGGUGUAAUGGGUGUUUCGGUGUUGGCCGACAAUCUUACCUAUUACAGAUGUGGAGAGGCUGCUGUCAGUCAGCUGUUUUUUUUUCUUUUUUCUACGAUCUUGUCUACUUGUCUUGUAGGCGUUCUGAUUUAGACUUCUCGACUGCAGCAGACUGAUUUUUUUUAUAUUUAUUCAGCUUAGAAGUAGGCUAGAAAUUGUUACAUUUAUUGAUAGCUUAUUUGCACUUUUUGAAUAGUUGUAAUUAUUUUGAAUACUCAAAGUUUAUCUUGAAUUUGGAAUGAUCUGUUACAUGUUUUAAGGAUGCCAGACACCUGCCAGUCAUUCCUAGGGUCAUGUGAUCAUUAGCAGUCAGUGUUUGAGUCACAUUCCUGACAAGUAGAAAGUAAAUCCCCUGCACAUGGUCAGUACUUGUAGGGAAUAAUAUACUGACAGGAGAUUUAUUUUUACAAAAACUAUGACAAAUCGCAAAUUUUAGUCAAGAAACGUUUGCGUCAGUCAAGCUGGUCGUGGCUGAGCAAGCUGAGCAGCUCACACAUGAAUGUUUUUAAUCUUCCAUUUCUGCUCGAUAUGCAAAUGAACUCAGUCUGCGCAAACACAGAACACAAAUCAUUACUGAAGAGGAGAAGAUAAAGUACUGCUUUAACACCAAUGUUUGACUUAAACUGUGCAGAAGUUCUGUCUCCAAAAUGAGCUGAAGUUGUAGCUGCAAUUUUUCUCAAUGUGACAUGAUGUGUUCUGACCUCGUCUGUCGGGUUAAUUUUGUUCCGUAAAACCUUGAGGUCAUAAUGUGAACCUUCCACAAGUCAAAUAGGAUUCACGUACAACAAAAGACCAAAUCAAUACUAAAGCAUUAAUGUGGCUCCCGACUUUAGGACCCUGCAAGUGUUUGUAAAAUACACCAGAGUUCUUUUUGUUAAGCUCAAAGCCUCAAAGUACAGCCUCACAGAUUGUGAAUUGUUGCAUAAAUUUAUGUGAUAAUUCAAAUAAAACAAUGAAUGUAUGCAACGUGUGAUCAGGGCUCAUAAGUAGAUAUAGCCUUGUUCUAGAGUUCACAACCCGAAAAGGUGGGAAUCGCUGCAGUAAAUGGUGUGGACAGGGCAUGGCAAUUAAAUAUAGCCACAUUGUUUUAAACAGAUACUUUUAACAACUAUAAAUGUUUUCUGAAUCCUAAAAGAAAACAGUUUAUGAAUGGAAGGUUCAUAUUAUUGAUUUGAAUUGUGUGAACUCUGGUUUUGUUGAAGGAAGUUGUAAAGUCCAGUGUUGAUAUUCAUUUUCAUUUGAAUCAUUGUUGGUUUUUUAGUUUUUAAAGUUCACAGUGGACGGCUCUGAGCAUGUCACAGCCUAUUGUUAACUGUCUGUGUAGCCACUGUUCACUGUCCACAGGGUUCAUUUAUACAAUUUACAUGUAGCAGCAUCAUCUCUGAUGUUAUUUCCGUGUUCUUUACUGAUGUUACUCCUAGUGAAGUUGCAGUUUCUUCACUAAGCCUCAGGAUGGUGAUGUCAGUCUAUCCAACAGUUUGGUCCAUAGAUCUGCUUAAAUCAUCAUGAUCUCAUGAACCCUACCACCACCCUCAGGGCAAACUACUGGUAGGUAGGAGAAACAUAACUAGAUUUGAAAUGAUUGUCUCCACUGAAGCUCUGUCAGCAUUAUGGAAAAUAAUUUUAACUUACACACUGAGAUAAACCGGACAGGAAAUCAAGUAUCAGCACUGGACUGUCAGACUGUAGAUGCUGUUUGUCUGUUUGUUGUUUGUUGUCCAGCAGUCCUGUUUCCUCUCUGCUGAUGUCGAGCGGGACUCAAACUGACGGAGGAGGGAACCAGUAGCAGCUCACGGUGCUCCAAAACACCAACCAAUCAGCUUUCAGCUUUCUCCUGAUCCUAAUCUGACCAAACACCAGCUGGGGGGGGGGGUUGGUUAAAUGAUGUAGCUGUUUGUCUGUCUGUGACAGUUGUAGUUCAGCCUAGAGGUCUUCACAGGUCCAAAAAUCAUAGACACUUUACAGACCUGAUUAGACUGACCGUAAUGUGAACCUGGCCCAACUUGGGCUCAGGUCAAACCUCAGUGUGUAGAAACCCAGUGGACCUGUGAAGAUCUUAAGCUCAGCUGUCUGUCUCAUGUUGAUUUAUCUUUUAACGUUGAAUUGAUGUACAUUCAUAAUCUGAAUGUUUGCUGUAAAACCCCCAAAACAACAACAAACCAAAUGUGUUACACACGCACACAGAGGUCGACUGAUGAUUGGUGACUGAAGUGGAUUUUUAAUUUGGAGAGGAUACAAAUAUUUAUUUAAGUUUAGCACAAGCUGUAACUAUUAAUUCAACUGUUUGUGAUUUAGUGCCCAGUCAAACCAGAAACUGGCUGAUAAAUAUGCAUGCUUUCAUGGAAAAAGUCAGUGCUGGAGUCUCGUUGACGUAGUAAAUAGUUUGGUGAACUAACUGCUAAUGCGCUAUUUAGUUUGGAGUAUGCUGGCUCAGUUACUACCUAGCCGUGUCACUGAAACAAAUCAUGCAGAAAGAGCUGGUCACAAAAGAGAGGAGCAAAAUCAUCUGCACCAACGUGGCAGUGCUAGGCAAUGCUACUGUAUCCAGCAAGCUUAAAGCCAACACAUCAGCAAGCCAGGAGCAUGCUAUCAGUUUCUUUUCUGUACCGGACCAUCAAUAGUCUGUUAGUGAGCUUGUUGGUGUGGUCACUGCGAUGAGCAUCAAAGUCAUAAUUGUCUGCAAAGCAUGUCUCUGUUUUGGAACAGUGCAUAGAGAAGAGGAUAAAAUAUGAGUGAAGUAUGUAAAAACCUAGAUUAUAACUGAACAGGUAGAAUUCAGAAAUCAUGAGGACAUCUCUUUAGUAUUGAUUACUCUUAAUAUCUUUCUAAUUCUUUAUCUGAAACGUCAGAAUAAAGUCAAAUGUCAAGCUCUUUUUUACAAAGUCCAAAGCAAUUCUUAAAACUCUUUCUUCAGAAAUGACGUCUCGCUCUCUGAAACAUCAGUUCAAUUUCUGUCUUUUCUCUUUAAACCUCUCCAGCUAACAGGGAAUUUUUUUUUAAUUGUAGUUUAAUCUGAAGCUGAAAACUAGUUUGACCUAGUGAAUCAGUCGACCUCUAGCUGUAAUCCGAGCUGUAACUGAUCUUUACCUUCUGCUGUAGCUGUUUGAUUAUCAGGAAUUAAAAACAUAUUAAACUU